AUGUUCUCACCAAACCAUGAUUCUAAACGAAAAAUCAGGAACGCUAAGGUUACUGGGAAAUCGAAUAGUUCACAGCACAAGAUUCCGUCUCAGCAACAAAAGACAAGAAAAAGAAAGAAGAUUUCUACAAAAACUGAAAUGACUAAUUUAAAGAAUGAAUACAUUGCUGAAUGGAUUAAAAGCAACGAAGAUUUUUUCAGCACAUUUUCUUUGGGCAACGAACAGGGAUUUAAUUGUGACGUCGUUCGAUCUGUGGAUGAUUCGCUUUCUGAAGGUCAAUCUCUCGAUACGUGCAUCAGUUCUUCAUUUCCUAGCAGUUCUCAACAGUUCAUUCCAAAAUCACCUGAGGACAACUCCACACGCAGCGAGGAAGUCAUGGAAACGUCCCCAUUCUCGAAUGCUAACGACAGGAGAAAACAAGAUCGCUAUGUUCGUCAUUUGGUUCAACAAAAGUUAAGAAGUCAACGUCCAAUAAGAAAUGGGAGCAGUGUUGGGGAGCAGAAAUCACUGGAUGAAUUAUUCCGCGAUAUGGAGAUAUCGUUAAAAGAGAAAGGAUUUCGAUUAGAAAAUCAAAGGUGUGACGAGGAUAGCGAGGAAGAAGAUGAAGAAUUGUACUCACUUUGA